GUGGACAGUACAGCUGCAGCUGAGGUGAAAGAGGGACAGAGGCUGACACGGACAGACACAGGGGCCAGCAAUCAGUGAGCGUCCCAGUGCUGGUGAACACAUGUGCCAGGUGGACAGAGUAAAGCAGGGCAGUGCAGGUCACAUACAGGGCUGACUUCUCUUAUCUCUCUCUCUCUCUCUCUAAAGACUCUCUAAAGGUGUGUGGGACGAUGAUUGAACUGGGGAUGCCGGCCGGGAGUCUGAUCGACGAGCUGAUGGAGCUCACUGCCCAGAGCCUCAGCCACCUGGAGAUCAAGGAGCACUUCAACAUCAUCAAGGAGAUUGGCCGCGGAAAGUACGGCAAAGUGCUGCUGGUCACACAUCGCUUCAGGGGGACACCGAUGGCACUCAAAGUGAUGCCCAAAGCUUCGACCAAGCUGCAGGGCUUCCUGCGCGAGUACUGCAUCUCCCUGCACCUGUCACGCCACCCGUGCAUCGUGGGACUCUUCGGAAUCGCCUUCCAGUCCAAAGAGCACUAUGGCUUUGCCCAAGAGCUGGUGAUUGGCCGGGACUUGUUUGCGGUUAUCAAGCCAAGGGUGGGUAUUCCAGAGUGUGCAGCGAAGCGCGUCGCCGAGCAGGUGGCCAGCGCACUGGAAUUCAUCCACGACCACGGCCUGGUCCACCGCGACAUCAAGCCCGAGAACGUCCUGCUGCUCGACAGCCACUGCCACCAGGUCAAGCUGGCCGACUUCGGGCUCACCCAAAAGAAGGGCACCCUGAUCCGCAUGAUCUCGGGCACCCUGCCCUACAUGGCGCCCGAGUUGUGUGCCAUGGCAGUGGAGGAGGGUGAGACGGAGGCCAAGGCGCCCCCGCUCAGCGUGGAGCCCAGCCUGGACACAUGGGCAUUUGGCGUGCUCGUCUUCUGCAUCCUCACCGGCUUCUUCCCCUGGGACCGCUGCGUGCCAUCUGACGACUUCUACGAGGAGUUCGCAGAUUGGUGCCAGCAGCCGUCCAUCGCAGAUGUCCCGUCCCAGUGGAAGAAGUUCAGCCCCGCCGCCCUGGAGAUGUUUAGCAAGGUGCUAGCCUUGGAUGCCACCCAGAGGUGCUUGGUAAGUGAGGUGAAGGCGUAUGUGGAGAAGGACUGGCUCAAAGCAGGGAGCUCUAAUGGCCUUCCAUGGGCAGACAGCAAGAAGGUCAAUGGCACGAUCAGCCCUAGCUUGGGCAGAAGCAGCCCUGUCCGUGAGGCGUUGGCAUGACGUAAAUCAUUCUCAAGGACUUCCCAAGGGUUCUUUUUUAGCAUGCAGUGGAGGUCGGAGGUCGGAGAGUGAGGAUAAAUGUUAAAUUCCUUCAGGACUGUAGGUCAUCUCAACUGGUUGCGGCACUCAUUUUAUGGGGGCCGUUAA